AUGUUAUUCAAGUUGGCUAGGGCGACUUGGUGUGGUGAGCAGCAGCAUUCGCUGCUCAAUCUCCUUGCGGAGAUCAUACAGCACAUGUUUGCAGACAGAGCCGGAGCACAGAACCUCAUUCCACAAGAAUCGUUGCUGACAAACCUGAUCAAGGUUGUUGAGCGUGAAAUGGUGACCUUGGCAUUAGGAGGCGAUGAUCACCAACAAAUCACUCUCACGGAAACUAAUGUGCUGCACGUCCAUCAGCGCCUGACUGGACUCCUUGAGGAGGCCUUCAUCCACCUCCACGAGCCAAAAUUAGUGCAAUUAUUUACGAGCGGCCUUGCGUUCAACACCGAUGUGACGGUGAAUUGUGAAAAUGUGAGCGAAUUUUCAAUAUUUGAUGACGUGAUCUCAGUGGGUGCUCUGUCUGACUGCCACGAGGAGGAGGCGCAAGAAGCAGAGGUGGCUGCAUUUCUCGCGGUGCAGUUGGGACGACAGGCAGAUGGCUGUGGUGCUGCGCCGGAACCGAGCACAAAGGGUGACCAAAUCGACGAUAUUGUCUGA